GAGUCCGGACCCGACGGCCGGCCCAGUUCCACGCACCCAGCGAGCCCAAGCGCCUUCUCCGCACCAGGAGCUCUCGGACACUGAGUCAGUUAAUCCCUACUGCUGGGCACUCCUCAUGUCUCCAGUCCCAGAUGAAGACUCUCGGGCUCAGAGAGGGAAGCCCCACCCGCCAGAAGCCAAGAUGUCCAGCAAGCGGGCCAAAGCCAAGACCACCAAGAAGCGGCCACAGCGGGCCACAUCCAAUGUCUUCGCAAUGUUUGACCAGUCCCAGAUCCAGGAGUUUAAGGAGGCUUUCAACAUGAUUGACCAGAACCGUGAUGGCUUCAUUGACAAGGAGGACCUGCACGACAUGCUGGCCUCGCUGGGGAAGAACCCCACAGACGAAUACCUGGAGGGCAUGAUGAGCGAGGCCCCGGGGCCCAUCAACUUCACCAUGUUCCUCACCAUGUUUGGGGAGAAGCUGAACGGCACGGACCCCGAGGAUGUGAUUCGCAACGCCUUUGCCUGCUUCGACGAGGAAGCCUCAGGUUUCAUCCAUGAGGACCACCUCCGGGAGCUGCUCACCACCAUGGGUGACCGCUUCACAGAUGAGGAAGUGGAUGAGAUGUACCGGGAGGCGCCCAUUGAUAAGAAAGGCAACUUCAACUACGUGGAGUUCACCCGCAUCCUCAAACAUGGCGCCAAGGAUAAAGAUGACUAGGGCCACCCCAGCACCCCGACACCCCAGCCCCCGCCAGUCACCCCUCCCCGCACACACUCGUCCAUACCAGCUCCCUGCCUAUGACCCUUGCUCAGGGAAUCCCCCUUUGAGGGGUUAGGGUCCCAGCUCCCAGUGGAAGAAACAGGCCAGGAGAAGCACGUGCCGAGCUGAGGCAGGUGUUCCCACAGUGACCCCAGAGCCCUGGACUGGAGUCUCUGACCCCUCCAAGGAAAGACCACCUUCUGGGGACAUGGGCUGGAGGGCAGGACCUAGAGGCACCAAGGGAAGGCCCCAUUCCGGGGCUGUUCCCUGAGGAGGAAGGGAAGGGGCUCUGCGUGCCCCCCAGGAGGAAGAGGCCCUGAGUCCUGGGAUCCGACACCCCUUCACGUGUAUCCCCACACAAAUGCAAGCUCACCAAGGUCCCCUCUCAGUCCCCUCCCCUACACCCUGACCGGCCACUGCUGCACACCCACCCAGAGCAUGCCACCCGCCAUGGGAGUGUGCUCAGGAGUCGCAGGCAGCGUGGACAUCUGUCCCAGAGGAGGCAGAAUCUCCAAUAGAGGGCUGAGCACUG